AUCGGUCCCACCGGAACACUCUGACCCCGACUGGGUGGAAGAAAGGUUCCGCAUUGACAGGAAGAAGCUGGAGACCAUGCUUUACACCCCCAAGGAUGGGAAUGGACUGACUGGAGAAGAGUUCUUUGAAAAGGUGAUGAAAGAAACUAACACCCAGGUGAAAUGGCCGUCCAAACUCAAAAUUGGAGCAAAGUCAAGGAAAGAUCCCCAUGUUAAAGUCGAGGGGAAGAAAGAAAAUGUGCAACUGGCCAAAAAGAAGAUUCUGGAAUUGCUGGAGACAAAGGUCAACAAGGUCACCCUCAAGAUGGAUGUCACUCACACCGAACACUCGCACGUGAUUGGCAAGGGGGGCGGGAACAUAAAGAAAGUGAUGGAAGUCACCUUGUGUCACAUCCACUUCCCCGACUCCAACCGCCACAAUGCCACGGGGGACAAGAGCAAUCAGGUGUCUAUUGCUGGACCAGUCGAGGGAGUGGAGGAGGCAAGGAGAAGAAUACGUGAUCUGCAGCCACUGGUUCUGACCUUUGACCUUCCGGCUGGCCUGGUAACGGGGGCGUUACCGGAUGCAGGUUCUCCGGUCAUCCAGCACGUGGCCCAGGCGUUUGGCGUGAGCAUCAGCUUCAGGGCCCAGCCCAAACUCUACUGCAGCAGCUGUGUGGUGCGCGGACUACAUGGAAACAGCACGGCUGUCAAGAAAGCCACCUGCGUGCUGAUGGAGCUGCUGCUGGGUCCUGAUGCUGCGGUCGGCGGGGCGACGGCGGCGGGGGCUCUGGUGAGCACACAGCUGGACGUGACAUCCCAGCAGCACCUCUUCCUGCUGGGCCAGAAUGGGGCCAACUUCCUGAGCGUCAUGCACCAGACACAGACCCAGAUCGUGCUGCCCGACCUCAGCGCCCCGCAGAGCAGCCCCUCGCUGCUGAUCCAGGGCACCGCCGACGGGGUCUGCCUGGCACGGCAGCAGCUCAUGGACUGCCUGCCGGUGUGCCUGAUGUUCGACAUGAGGGAGGAGGGGGAGUCGGACCCGAGGAAGCUGGCCCAGAUGAUGCAGAGUCUUGGAGUCUUCAUCAGCGUCAAGCCCAAAGUCAAGCAGACUGCCAAGUCGGUGGUGGUGAAAGGCCUGGAGAGGAACAUAGCCAGCGUGUACGAGGCCAGGCGUUUGCUGCUGGGGCUGGAUGGGUCUGAUGGCUGUGGGACGACCGGCACCAAGCCUCCUCCCACGUGUGACCCUCUGAUGACUGGCAACGGGCUGGCCAGCUACUGGCUCAACAUGCUCAUGCAACAGCUGCGCCUGAACGACACCGGUGUGAUUUGCCCUCCUGAUGCUGGGAUUAGCUCGUUGCUGUCAACUAAGCCCCGCCCUUCACCCCCACCGGGUCUUACCUCACCCAAUGAGGAGGGCUGGGUGGCUCCGUUGAGAGGAAAUGACUCCAAACUGGAGAAGAUUCCAGAGAAUGAGGACCAGCCUGUGUCGACCGAAGGCCAAGAAGCAGGCCACCAACAGAGCUCAUUAGAGGCCAUGGAGGUCAUGGAAAUGCCAGUGAAGAACACCACAGUGCCAGUGAAGACCAACGUGCCAGUUAAGACCACACUGCCAUUGAAGACCACAGUAUUGCCAAUGAGAAGAGGCAGCUUGUCAGAGCUGUCUGUCAAGACUAAACCAUCAGCCAGAAGAGCCAGUCUAUCAGAUCUAUGCAGAGACACAAUCCAAGAGGGUGGGGAGGCAAUCACAACCACAUUCUCAUCGUCAAGGCUUCUGAAAGCAGACAUGGAGCUUGUGAACAGGAGAUAUGACAGGAGAUGCAGCCUGAGAUUCGUGCCAUCGUUGGAGACCUGCUCUGAUGCCAACAAGGAUGAGGAUGAAUACCACGACUAUGAGAGGAAGAAACAGCUAGCAAACCAAGCCAUGCAGAAGAAGCCGGUGGUGACGGAGGUGCGAACCCCCACAGACUCCUGGAGUGGGCUGGGCUUCUCCAAGUCCAUGCCGGCCGAGGCCAUCAAGGAACUGCGCUCCGUCGGACGCCGCUGCUACCGCUCAUACCUGGACAACCAACUGGGCAACCAACAGACAUCGUGGACACAGGCCAGUAUGAAGGAUCGGAUGUGUAACGGCAGCGACUCGGAGAACUGGAGAGACCGAAGAGGCUCGGCAUCCGCACUGCCAUCUUCCUCCUCCGCCUCCUCCUCCCCCUCCUCUUCCUCGCCUCCCUACUCCUCCUCCGCUACCUCCUGCUCAAUGUUUGGAUCCUCAGCAAGCAGAGGGCAUACAGAUAAAUGUGCCGAGGGCAGCUUGACCUGCAUGAACCCCUUCGAGGUCAUGUCUUCAGCGGGCAGGCAGGGGGCGGGUGGAGCCUCGGGGCUCUUCCCAGAGCCGGACGAUGACCUGCCAGAGCUCCUGAGUCAGCUGGGCCUGGGGAAGUACAUCGACACCUUUCAAGAACAAGAGAUUGACUUCCAGACGUUCCUGACCCUGUCAGACGAGGACUUGAAGGAGGUGGGAGUGCUGACGUUUGGAGCCCGGAGGAAGAUGCUGCUCGCCAUCACAGACUUGAACAAAAGAAAAAGCAAAGGGCCGGAUACAGGAUAUCUGGAGGGCGGGGCCAGUGGGAGACUCCCACGAAUCGUGGACGUGGAUAUAGCGGCACAGAGCAACCAUUGGUGAUUGGGAGCUGUCAGUCGUUGGGAUCCAGGACUUCUUAUAACAUACACAUGCUACGUGUAUGACAAACACCACAUAUUUUUAUGUGUCAUACAACAACUUUACCCGGUUCUCAGAGUGCAAAUGUCUGAAACGAAACUGAAGACACAGAAGUUGAUUUUGACUUUGAUUUGGACCUUGAUGUUUUCUUUGAAAUCAAAUCCUUUUUUAGUUAUGGAUUUUACGACAAAAGGGCAUGUAUUUUCUCUGAAGACAUAAAUUAUGUACAGAUAUUCUCUUAAAUCUUUUUAAUGUGUGUAAUCUUUUUAUAAAGCAUGCAAGCUUUCUUCUUCA